AGCCGGCCAGCAGACCUCAAACAGUUUCGGUUCUCAACUAAAUCUAAAAACAAACCAAAUCAAAAUGAAGUCAACUCUAUUCUGUGCUGCUCUGGCCAUGUUUUUGGCUGUGGUUCAGUGCGAUCCGGACUUCCGCCAGCUCAUGCAAGAGUGUAUGCAGACGACCCAGGUGACCGAGGCGGACCUGAAGGAUUUCAUGGCCAGCGGCAUGCAGGGCACUGCCAAGGAGAACCUGAAGUGCUACACCAAGUGCCUGAUGGAGAAGCAGGGCCAUCUCGUCAACGGACAGUUCAAUGCCCAGGCCAUGCUGGACAGCCUGAAGAAUGUGCCACAGAUCAAGGACAAGAUGGAUGAGAUUUCCUCGGGGGUGAAUGCCUGCAAGGACAUGAAGGGCACCAACGACUGUGACACGGCCUUCAAGAUCACCAUGUGCCUCAAGGAGCACAAGCUCAUACCAGGACAUCACUAAGCUUGUUCCAGUCAUCGAAAUAGGAUCAAAUCAAAGCUAUGAUUUCUCAUCUCUGGUGUCCAAUGAAUAAAGUUGUUAAAGUUGCACUAAAGCAGGAAACAAAAA